GAGCUUUUUAAGACUGACAAAUGCUGGUACUUCAUCUUCUAUAAGUGAACUAUAAUUUCUUUUCUUAAGACAACUACAUAAGCAGACAAAAUUGCAAAGAUCUGCCCUGUGUCGAGUAUGACAGCCACAACUCGUGGCUCUCCAGUUGGAGGGAAUGACAACCAGGGCCAAGCUCCUGAUGGACAGUCUCAGCCCCCCCUCCAACAGAACCAGACUUCAUCGCCUGAUUCUUCCAAUGAGAAUUCCCCGGCAACUCCUCCUGAUGAGCAAGGUCAAGGUGAUGCCCCUCCACAGAUUGAAGAUGAGGAACCUGCAUUUCCACAUACUGACUUGGCAAAGUUAGACGAUAUGAUCAACAGGCCUCGAUGGGUCAUUCCAGUUUUGCCGAAAUGGGAAUUAGAAGUGCUUUUAGAAGCUGCUAUUGAUCUUAGUAAGAAAGGGUUUGCCAAGUCUGCCCAUAUCACCACAGUGUAG